UUGUUAUUCGCCUUUGUCCUGGUGUGCAAAUGUGACAUACAAAGGUCACGUCAAUAGACAAAAAAACAAUAACGAACAAAUUCCUUUGGUUGUAAUCAUCAGAGAAUACGAGAUAUUAGUGGCUAUUGUUUAUGGCAAGUUUGCACACAUGAAAGGAAACUAAUAUUUGCUCGUGGUCGAUUUCCGCAGCAAUAUAAUGAAAAUUUAUUCACACUUGUGCUAAAAAAAUUGGUAUGAGUCUCAUGACCGUGCUCUCGUUUUCGAAAUCAGUUAAAACGAAAUUCGUACAACAUGUCUCUUAAUGAGUCAGUGAGACAAGUGCUUAAAGAAUGGCAUGACACUAUUAGCAAGACAAACAAACAACAAUUUCAACCAUUCUGGCAGUCACAACUAGAGAAGCUCCGCCGCUUAAAACCAAACGAGUCCAAUGCAAGUGUUAGCGAGGAGGAAAGUACAACUUGGUAUACGGGAGAAAACACUGACAGUCAAAGAGCAUUGCAAUUGGACAAUGGGUUUUUUGAAAUUAUUACUGAUUUGGACUGGAAAAAGCAGACAAUUAAGCCUCAAUCACAAGCAGUAGAGAAUUUACCAUCACUGCCAGAUGAAACUGAGGAAGGUUCUGGUGAUGAUGAAGUGUUACCUUCAGAUGAGAAAGAGAAAACCCUCACAGAUGAGGAGAAAUGUGUUGAACUUUACAGUGAAUUAUUGUUCAUCAUAAGAAAUCAGUUUGUGUCUGAACAACAAAGAAAAGAUGUCCCCUCACAAGGCGAGAUUUAUGCCUAUGGUCAAAAGGUGUUUGGAAUUGAUCAAGAAAAACAUCGGGAAUUAUUCUCCCGUGUGAAAGAACGCAAGCCUCCUACGUGUCACGUUGAAGUCAACGUUGUUGAGGCAAAAGGCGUUGAAGCAAAAGACGCUAAUGGUUUUAGUGAUCCAUAUUGUAUGCUUGGUAUUGUCAUUGAUGACUUGUUUGAUCGUAAGUUAAAGAAAAAAACAAGUAAGACAAGAACAGUUUCGGAGCAGUUGGAUGAGGAUAUUAUUAAACUCACUUCGGUUAGAAGGAAGACGUUGAAUCCGAAAUGGAACGAAAUAUUUAUUUUGAAAGUAAAUGACGUCAUGAAAGAAACAUUACAUUUGGACAUAUGGGAUCACGACGAGGAUACGGCAUUUCUUGAUAAGGAAAACAAAAUCACACAAAUAAAAGGCGUCGCUGGCGUAGGACGUUUCCUAAAACAAGUUGUCCAAUCAAGUAAAAAGUGUGCUGGUGGUAGCAUGGAUGAUUUUCUAGGCUUUGUAGAAGUUCCAAUCAAGGACAUUCCAUCUGGUGGCGUUGACAAAUGGUUUCCAUUGCAAGCAAGAUCAGCGAAGUCAAAAACAAGUGGAGAUUGUCAUCUUGUUCUUAGACUCGUCGGUGUUCAAAGCGAUAAUGGCAUUCGAAAAGAAUCUUCAAAGACCAGCUCAUCCAGCAGUGUCAGUUACUCGGUUUUUCUGAAGUCAUUUGUAGUUUAUGACGGAGAUCAUGCUGGGGAUGACGUGUUCGGAAGUGGAGAAAUUUCCAGAUUUGCUCAAUGGGUAUUGCAUCAAUAUGCAAUUCAAAAUAACAUCUCUCACUUACAAAAAGCCAUAAGUGAAUGGGAAGUUUACAGUUGGUAUCAUCAAACACGUUCAUUAAAGUAUUCUUUCUUGGAGAAAUUGUUGUCGAGUAUAAAUAAUAAGUGGAAAUCUGGCGAAUUGUCUUCAGCUGAUGAGGAAAUGUUUCAUCAGUCUUUGGAUUCUUUUGUUGAAUUUUGUCUUCGUCUGAUAAGUAAUCACAGAUCUCUUUAUCCAGCAACUAACUCAAUGAAAUUACGUCGCUGUGCCAACAUGUUAAAUUGCAUAAAGUCCAUACAAAGCCUUCCUAACUAUUGUGCAAGACGUGGUAAUGAUAUCAGGGAUGAAAUAUUGAAUACUGUGAAGGUUUCAGCUGAAAAAUGGUACACUCUGCAAUUCGCAUGGCUAGAACCUAAAGAUCAGACUCAAGCCAGUGCAAUUUUGUCGCUCGUGUCUCUGUCCGAGGUUAUUGUAUGUGAUUUGCUUAAAGCUAUCAAGUUCUAUAGUAAAAUAUUCAACGAAGUUGGUGUUGAUUAUUUCUUAACAACAUAUAUGUCUUUGGAAAGACUGCUUGCUUCGGACAUGCGUCAAUCCAUUGCAAAAAUGGAUGUAAAAAAAUUACAAGUGGAAGUUGGCGAUGGAGAUUUGGGAACGAAAUUGUUUUCGUUGUAUUUGGCGGCGAGAGAAAUCAUCGAAUAUCGAAAAUAUUUGACUAUCAGUGAGAAUAAAGAAUUUGCCUUCGACAACAGUCAUGUUUGGUUCAAGAAGUUCAUAGAUUAUUGGUUUCGCGUGGCUCAUCAAAAAGCUCUGGCUCGAAUAACGAAAGCCGUUGAAAUUGACCAGACGGUCGCCAUUGAUUCAAGUGUACAAUAUUCAACUUCUGCUGUUGACGUCACUUGUUGUUUUUAUCAGCUGUGUGAAUUUUGGAAGAGAUUACAAUGGCCUAAUGCCACAGAAAGCUAUCUUUUUGUUCUGAAAAUAAGCGAUGAUAUAUGCGAAGCAGCUCGACAUUACGCUGAAGAAUUGGGAAAUAAACUGAAAGCCAACAACUAUUACAACGAUAAUCCUUCCUAUUUUGGUGUAAGCGAAUCUUUAUGCAUCACAUUAAAUAAUCUGGCCUAUACUCAACAAUGGCUGAAGGAGCUUGAUACGCACUUAGACUGGCACAGUGUCAUCAGAGACAUGAGACUUGCGCAUGACAAUGAGACGGCAACGAAAUCCGAACUCACUUUAAGACAGUUAUCCGAAAACACACAAGAAGUUCUGUUCAAUAAAAUGGACGAAAUGAUUGAUCAUAUUGUAAUGAAGAUGUCCAUAGACUUGAAAAGAUUUAUUUCUGAACUCGUGAGCAGCAACGAAGACAUUGAGAUUGCCGAUGCAAUGGAUCCGUUACUCGCAUACCUUGAAAAAUCAUUGAAAACAUUUUACGAGACUUUGGUUCGUCCUGUUUUUGACAGGACGUUGCCUAAUCUUUGGAAUGGACUCGUAACGAUUGUUGUCGAUACCAUCAAACAUGAUAAAGGGAGAUCGCCAAUUUUCUAUCAACGAAUGAAUCAAGUCGUAAAGGUUCUCACAGAUUUCUUUUGCGUCGAUGGCAUUGGUAUACCACGGGAGAACAUGAUAACUGACGAAUUAAAGGAACUCCUUGACGAUCUUGGUAUUCGUCAGCUUACAUCGGAGAGACUUAUCGAAGAAUACUAUGCUGAGAAAAUGAUCGAAAUGUUGGAAAAACCACGUGAUUUAGGAGAACUGGCGCUCAGAAUGUUUUACGAUUCCAGGAAUGAGAAACUCCACAUUGAACUGUUAAAUGGUAGAAAUUUACCUGCAUUAGACUCAAAUGGUUAUAGUGACCCGUAUGUUAGGUUGACUCUUGCUCCACGUCAUCUCUUUCCCAUGGCAACAGUGGAAAGGACUGACGUCCAAUGGAAAACGCUUUUUCCAUUGUUUGAUGCGAAGUUUCAGUACUCUGUGUCGGCCGAGUCAUGUAAACAGCAUGGCGCUCACGUCCAACUGACCGUAAUUGAUUAUGACGUCCUGACAGAUGACAUUGCUGGUCAAGUGUUUGCAUCACUCAAUCAUGUACCAGGCCUCGAGACCGAAAUCCCGGCCACUUUCUCUGGUAUUGAACAAGUCUUAGUACCCGUCAUUCACCCCACCCCAGAAGGGAAAUAUUUUGAAAUUCUUAAAGCAAGAAGCGACGAGUUGGCGAUGAAAUUCGUGAAAGAAAGACAAGAUAUUUACCAAAAACUUUCACCUAUACGGAAUAAAGCAAAAGGGAAAGGUUCUUAACUUACGAGAAAAAUUGCAAGUUAAAAGUGUUCGGGCAAGAACAGUUGCAAAGGCAGCUGGACAUGCUAUUAUGACUGGCUAUCAAAAGGGAAAUUGGGAUACUUGCUCUUUUCCAUUCAUGAUAAAAUGUUUUGUAGAGGGUAUUUACUAUUUAAUUUCGUCAAUAAAUUAUUAGCUGUGGUUCUUUAUUCUUAAAGUGCUACAGCAGAGAA